GUCCGGUGAGAACCCGGCGUGCUCCGUCCCGGCUUUGUAGGGAUGCGAGGUCAAUGGUCUAACGACUACGGCCGCCCUCCAACUCUAGGGGAACCGGUUUGGGUGGAGACCGUCCUACGGAGUCACGAGGCCUCCGUCGUCGACGACCUCUCGGCCGCUUUCGAGCUAGCAGAGACAGGGGUCAGCGCCAGUGGGGUUGCUGGACGGAGAGAGGAGAUGACCGUGAGGGGCGGUGGGGGCCGUGGCGGCGGUAACGGUGCCUUGCUCGUUCACGGCCCUUCGGGGGUGGGAAAGACUCGCCUGGUUGAAGCGCUUGCGGCACGUCUUGGCUGUCGUCUUGUCAAGCUUUCUCCGGGAAGACUGGCCGCCAUCGGGGGGGUGCACGCCGACCGGGUCUUGUCGGAGGCGUUUCAAUACUGCCGCCGGUGCGUAUCACACAGGGUGGUACUCCUCCUCGACUCCAUCGACAGGCUCACGCCGGCGGCUCGGGGCAAUGUGGGUGCUUCCCGCGGCGAGGUGGACGCCGGCCUGCUGAACGCCUUCGUGCUUGCGGUGGAGCAGGGACGGCGGGAUCCCCGCUGCCGAGGUCGCGUGGCCGUGGUGGGAGUGACGUCGUGGCCGGAUCAGCGCAGCCAGCCUCUGCGCGCCAGGAUCUUGAGCCGCGCUCUGCUGCACACGGGCAAGUGGGAAGAAGCAAGCGCGGACGAGGGGGGAAUAUCCCCAGCAACGAGUGCACAGCAGGUUCGACAGCGUGUUGCUGCCGGAAGAGGAGGGGCUGGCGGAGGCGGGGGUGGCUCGGCGUCCGUCGCCGGGGUACCGCGUGUGCGAUGGUCAGAGGUCGGUGGACUCGAGCGCGCCAAGCGCGCCGUGCAAGAGAUGGUGGUGUGGCCCGCACGGUUCCCGGAGGCGUUUUCUCGGAUGGGAAUAACGCCGGCGUCUGGGGUGCUCCUGUUUGGACCUCCAGGAACCGGGAAGACGCUGCUUGCCAAGGCCGCGGCUACCGAGACGGGGGCGACCUUCAUCGAGCUCAAGGUUUCCGACGUGGUCCGCGGAGAGAUCGGCGAGAGCGAGAAGGCCGUCGACCAGGCGUUUCGCACGGCGCGAGAGCUAGCACCGUCCAUCGUGUUCAUCGACGAGUUUCAGGCGCUCUUCGCUUCCAGAGAGGCGGGGGGGGGGACAGGUUCGCGCCUCGCGUCCCAGCUGCUCGUGUGCAUGGACGAGCUGGCUCGCUGGAGAGCCGCCGCUAGACGGAGCGUGGCUGACACCGCCGAUGGAAAAGACAGCGCCGGCGACAACGACGGCCCCGCGCCGGUGGCACAAGGAGGCGGGGGAGGGGGUGGGGGAGGCAGCGCGAACGUUAUGGUGCUGGCUGCCACUAAUGCCCCGGAGGCGGUCGACGCCGCGUUCUUGCGGCCGGGCCGUUUCGACGAGAUCGUGUACGCAGGUCUCCCCGACGCCGACGGAAGGCGGCAGAUUCUGCGGGCCUCCAAGUCCCGAAUGGAAGGCCUGUCGACAACGGCAGCUGCUGCAACAGGCACUUCGACGGCAACGGCCGCAGCGGUGCCAACCAAAGACGGACGAGGGAGCGGAUCACCGGUCCACCCCGACAGGAGCAGCAGCACCGGUGGUAGUGGGAGUCGUCCCGUCGGGGGCGGGAGCCGGGGCGGGAGGUGGGCGAGCGACGUGGACUUGCUGUGGCUGUCGCGGCAGACCAAGGGCUACAGCGGGGCCGACCUGUCCAGCCUGGUCAGGAACGCAGCAAUGGUCGCCCUUCGUGAGGAAGGCGGGGGGGGGGGGCGGGGCGGGAGGAGGGGCGCCUUGAGCUCGUUUGUCGGCGGCGGUAGGGGGACUGGUAGAAAGGAGGGGGUGUUGAUCAUAACGCGAAAGCAUUUCGAGGCAGCGCUGGCGAGCACCCAGCCUUCGUCUGGGACGGAAACGGAGGCGAAGCACGAGAGAUGGGCGCGGCAGUGGCACGUUGGGUCAUGA